AUGAUGAACAGUGGUCACGGGGUUGUUGUGAACGGGACAGGUGCGCCAGGUGCGGGCACCCUUUCGCGAGAGGAGAGACGUAGACGUAGAAGGGCGACGCAGAAAUAUCGAACAGCCCAUGCUACCAGGGAGAGAGUGAGAGUAGAAGCAUUCAAUCUAGCGUUCGCAGAGCUCCGUAAGCUACUGCCCACGCUGCCACCGGACAAGAAGCUCUCCAAGAUCGAGAUCCUCCGUCUGGCCAUCUGUUACAUCGCCUACUUGAACCAUGUCCUCGAGGCCUGA